UUUAUUUUCCCGCCUACACGAACCCAACUGAUCCUUCCAACAGUCUACGCCAAAGAGAGAAUAAAAUCCAUUUCUUGGAAGGUAGGGUUUCGAUUUUUCGUGAAAAUGGGACGCGAAGAUUACAAGUUCAUGCAAUUGGUGGACGCAAUAGCUUGCAUUAAUCAGCGAGUCAAUCUUAUUGGCGUUGUCGUAGAGACUAGUCUUCCCAAAAGUACCAAAGGAACUGAUUAUUUUUGCUCAGUGAAGAUCAUUGAUGAAUCGCGGCCAAGCCUUGGGAUUUACAUAAACUUUUUCGCUGAAACUAUGGAGAAGCUCCCUCAUGUUGGGAGUGUUGGAGAUAUAAUUAUGGUUGCUCAUGUUGUGGUGAAAAUUAGGGGCUCGGAAGUUUAUGCUUUGUUUAACAAAGCAUUUUCUUCUUUUGCUUUAUUUGAAGGGAGAGACCAUAGUGGUAAAGAGCUUGUGCCAUAUCAAAUUUCGUCCAGAUAUAAAGCUAGGGAUCAGGACAAGAAGUUCAUAAUGGGCUUAAGAAAAUGGUUAAUGCAGCACAAGAUUGAAGGCUUGAAUGAGUCAUUGCAAUUGAGAGAGAUCAAGGAAGGCGGACACUUGAAUCUGCUUUGCAAGAUUUUGCAUAUUUUUGAAGUCAAGGAGAAUGAGUGGAUGCUCUUUGUUUGGGAUGGAACAGACACACCACCUGCUUUUGUUGAAGCCAAACUAGAAGAUGAGAUGGAAAAUCCACUUCCUUUACAGUUGGAACCCUCUCCUUUAUCAAGAGACGUGUUGUGUACCCUUCCACCUGUUGGUACUAUCUUGAGGAUGAUUGUUGAUCAAGGCAAUGAGAAAAUUGGCAUUAAGUUUUUGAAGACAAAUAAAUGGGUGAAACUCAUCAAUGUAAAAUGUGAAGUUCGUGCUGCAUUGUGGCAUGCUGUGCUAAUGCCCUUCUCUAAGCUUUGCUAUUUGCCUGAUGAUGAUCACUCUGUAAUAGAACGCCAAAGGUCUUAUAAUGAGCGUAUUCAAUCUAAAUGGGGAAGGAUGCCCUUCACAAGUUUUCCUUGGCCUUCUCAUAUAACAGAGACUGAACAUCCUGAUGUGCCCUUUGUCAGUUUGAUGAAUAUCCUCUCACAUCCAGAGGUGACAUGUAAAUUUAAGUCUGUAGUUCGAGUUGUUGCAAUGCUCCCGUGGAGGGCUGAGGACUUUCUCUCUCCUAAUGGUAUUUAUAGAGUUAGGUUGACUUUGGAGGACCCAACUGCAAGAGUCCAUGCUUUUCUUUAUGCAGAGGAUGGGAUGAAAUUUUUUGGGAAUUGUCAAUCUGUUGAUAUGCUGACUAAGAUUCGGAACAUGUUGCUUGGAGUAGCUGAUGAAGAUGGAGCGUCGACAUUGAAGAAUGUACCCAGAAAUCCACCGUGGAUACAAUGUUGCUUGAAAUCCUAUUAUAUUGAUAAAAAUGAUAUUUGGGGGAGUAGGAAUUAUCGGAUCUUUGACACUACAUUUGUUGGCUGAUCAUGUAUCUUAUCCAUAAUUUCUCCAAUGGAUCAAUAUACUAUAGAAUGUAUCACAUUGUAAAUAGGUUGUGGCAUGGCACAGCGGUUGAUGAACUAUGGCCUUACAAGACUGUAAAUUAUACAGAAUGUAUCUGAAAUUUUGGAUGAUAUAUAGGAGCUUAACAUUUGGUAAAACAUUAUAACCUUUA